AUGGCUUCUAAUACUAUCUCGAACCCUAACGUUGAUCCAGAAAAUAACGGAUCGAAGAGCUCACAAGGCUCGGGGGAUGUAGUCAUUAACGUCGACAGUCGUUCCCCGACCCUAGUCCCUUCGGAAUCCCGCCGUAAGUACUCCGCCGCCGCCACGACGAAAACUACCUGCAGCUCGCUUAAGUCCCCAGCCUCCACAUUAUCACCGGCGCAAAUCGAAGAAGAGAUAAGCAAGACCAUAACAAUACCAUUGCAGGAUUACCCCAAAGGUUACCCACUACAAGCGGCCUUUCAGUCGAGCGAGCCGAGCUGGUCGAUAUAUCGCGGCUUUAACUAUCUGCACUCUCGUGUCCUAUUAGAGCUGCAGGACGAGCUUCGCUGUCUGGAGGAGGAGCUCACCGACCUCGAUCUCAUCGAUCUAGAAAACGGUGAUGGAAAGCGGCUCCGGUCGCGGAAAGACGAUCUCCGGCAAGCGAAGCGCGAGAAAACUAAAAGCCAACGUGCGAGUCUGCUCGCUGCAAUACGGGAUAAGCUUGUCAACUAUGAUGAGAUCCUUGUGAAAGCCCGCGAGCUCAACGUCUUCCAACGUCCUUCGAAGCGCGACUAUCGAAGCUUCCGAACAUGGUUCUGGAACGUGAAGCCAUUGAACUACGAAUUGGAAGAGCAGUUCAUCAAGCGUAAAGAAGAUUUGAUAACCCUGCGUCACGGGCGAGAGUGGGCCGGCUUCGAUGGCUUUGUGGAGAGUUGUAUUAGGAAGAUCCACUGUCGGCUUACACAGAAACUCUUCGCAACCCCCGAACUCCGUGCAAAGACAAACGACGAAUGCAUAUACUACUACUCGCCCUCCCGCAUCGAGAAAUUGGUCGGCAUGAUAAUCACGCUUGUCGUUUUCAUACUGCUCGUGCUCCCUGUCGUCGCGAUGUACAAGCUGACUUGCAUCGGUGACCGCAACUCCACGUUCGAUGCCGUCGGAAUUCUCGUAGUGUUCACGCUCCUGUUCUCGGCGGCGAUGUCGCUGCUUACGAAGGCGAAGCGGCAUGAGCUGUUUGCUGCGAGUGCAGCGUAUUGCGCGGUGCUGGUGGUGUUUAUAAGUAAUUUUAAUGAUUCGAGGGGCCAGGGUGUUGGGCGAUCUUGA